AUUCUCCGCGCCAGCCUAUUAUAAAAUCACCCACCCUCAGUCUACUAUUAUUCUACACACCCAGUCCCUGCGACCAUCAAGUCAAUAUAACCCAACUGCCAAAAUGACCAGUCCAUUCCCCCCUCCUCCGACCAAUUCGAUUGACUGGAACAACGUCGGGUUCAAAGUCCGCGAUGUAAACGGCCACGUCCAAAGCACCUACACGACAGCGAGCGGCCACUGGACAGCCCCAAGGGUGAUCAGCAACCCCCAUCUCCCCAUCCACGGAAUGUCCCCCGGUCUCAACUACGGGCAACAAGCCUACGAGGGCCUCAAAGCCUUCCGACACCCGACCAACAACACCAUCAGCAUCUUCCGGCCCGAUCGCAACGCGACACGCCUCGCUCACUCCUGCUCCUUCGUCUCCAUCCCUCCUAUCCCAGAACCCAUCUUUCUGGAAAGCGUGCGACUCGCCGUCGCCGCCAAUGCCGAAUACGUGCCCCCGCACUCCGCCAACGCCGCCAUGUACAUCCGUCCCUUGGUGUUCGGGUCCUCGCCCCAACUCAGCCUGACCCCGCCUGAUGAAUACACGUUCGUGGUCUUCGUGACGCCAACGGGCGUGUAUCACGGCGUGCAUGCCGUGGAUGCGCUGAUCCUGGAGGACUAUGAUCGCAGUGCGCCGGUCGGGACGGGCUCUGCUAAGCUCGGAGGGAACUAUGCCCCCGUGUUACGACAUAGUGCGCGCGCGUACCGGGAGGGGUUUGGGAUCACGUUACAUCUGGAUAGUAAGACGCGGUCCGAGGUGGAUGAGUUUUCCACGUCGGCGUUUAUUGGGGUGAAGAGGGAUGCGGAGGGGAGGGUGACUUUGGUGCAGCCGGAUAGCCAGAAUGUGAUUGAUUCGGUGACCGCUACGUCGGUCUUGGAGAUUGGGGAGCAGUUGAUGGGGUAUCGUGUCGAGAAGAGGAGGGUGCCGUAUGAGGAGAUCGGGGAGUUUGAGGAGGUUAUUGCGGCGGGGACCGCGGCUGCCUUGGUCCCUAUCCGAAGUAUUACGAUGAAGUCGAGGGGGAGUCGCUGGGAGUACGAGUGUGGUGGGGAGGAGCAAGGGGGUGGGGAGGUCUGUGUUAAGUUGUUGGAGAUGCUGAAGGGGAUUCAAUAUGGGAAGAUCGAGGAUCCGUUUGGAUGGAAUUACGUUGUGCAAAUCCCACCAGAGGAGUCAUUUGAAGGGGGUGAUGAUCAUGAGGAAAAAGAGUUGAACGGGGUUAAUGUGCCGUAGGGAGAUAUUGAGUCCUUAUUUACUACCAGAUCUGGAUCCCAGAUGUACUAGGGGAGGUCAAUGUCAAAAUCCACUGUUAGGUAACACAGUAUCGCUCAAUGGCAUGCUAAGGCACUGGAAGAAAUAGAGCGAAUGCCAAUGG